AUGAGUUUGUUGAUUGACCUUUCAGAAAAAUAUAAGAGGCUUCCUCACCCUUCAGGGCCAAAUCAUAUGGAACUAGGCCUUGGGCUUGCUGGUUUGAAUAUGGAGUCCACUUUUCACUCUCAGGAACCAUCAAGGGAUAAAGAGAUACAAAACUUAGGUCAGGAAAACUCCAAAAAUAUAGAUUGUGCAGAAAAAAACAUCAGAGACAAAGAUGUGCAGAAGACAUGUCCCAGUAAGACUGGUGGAAGGAUCCAGAAUGAAGAACAGAAAUCCAGUCCUCUUAAAGAUAAGGAAAAAGGGAGAGCAUUGCAGUCCACCAGUCAUACCCCAAAUACAUUUGAUGUUUUAGAUACUCUCCUGGACAAACUAAGUGAGGAAAAUAAUGAACCAAGUCACAACCAAGAGACUGGAUUAGUGAUUUCUGAUUCCCAAGUCCAAGGUGCUCAAGAAAAGUACACGAAGAAGAAAGCUUAUAGCAAUAAUACUUCUAGGAAGAGUAAGUUCAAGAAGGAGAAUUUAAGUCAACCUAAGAAUCAAGAACAUAGUGAAUUUCAGAUUACCAAUGACCUCCCGGAUCCAAUAACCACUCAGCAUUACCCCCUGACUACAUUUCCAGGAGCAAACAAACAGGAUCAGAAUGAGGUAACAGGAAAAAAAUGUAGACUGUUGGAUAAGAAGUCUAAGAAAAUCCAAGCAUUGAGACAAAAGUGGCGACUUGCAACUUUUUCCUACACUUUGCCUUACCAUAUCCUCCAUGAAUCACCUAAAAAGUCUAUAGAUUAUUUGCCGAUGUGGUGA